UGGAAAUCGCCCAAGUCAACUUACGAUGCAAAUGGUUUCUCACGUUCUCCAAAAAUUGAUUGCUUCCAACGAAAUGAGAAGCCUUUGAAUCAGAAAGCUACCAUCUUCGUUCUCCAACUGCAACAUCAACAAUGUCCAAUUCGCCCCAAUUCUUCUCUCGCCUCAAGCAAACCUCCCAAUCCCUAAAAUCCAGUCUUCAUCCGUGGCCCCUUUUCAUAGACCUCACCUCUAUCAACCUCCCAUCCUCCAUUCCCGACGCCACUACUCGCAUAACUCAGAAUCUCACUCAUUUUCGCGCUAAUUACUCUAUAAUUCUCUUACUCGUCCUCUUCUUUAGGCUUUUGUAUCAUCCUCUCUCCCUAAUUGCCUUCUUUAUCACGCUCGUCGCUUGGGUAUUUCUCUACUUCUCUCGCGAGGAGCCGCUUACUCUUUUUGGUUACCAGGUGGAUGAUUUGCUGGUUUUAGUUGCCCUUUUCGUGGUUACGAUUUUGGUGUUGGUUUGGAGUGGCGUUUGGCUUAAUGUUGUAGCCGCGAUAGGAAUCGGUGUGCUUUUUAUGGUUUUUCACGCGGUGCUGAGGAGUACGGAUGAUCUUGUUGCGGAUGAUAUAGAAACGUCGCCGUAUGUAAACCUGCUUUCUGAAGAUGAUAGCCCAAGAGGGGGCUUGUAGCGGAUGUGUAGUCAAAUAUAGAAUGUCAUUGUAGCUGUUGAUUUUCCAUCUUUUCUACAACUCCCUUUAUGCUGAAAUGUUAUAUGCUGCUUGUGGUGAACCUUCUUUUGCGUGAAAAUGUCUAGCCAUAAAUUCAUUCCUAGCCAUAAAUUCAUUCCUGAAGUGAUGGUACCAGAGAUAUCAUGCUAUUUGUACAACUGAAGUAAUUCUGCUGAUUAAAAGCCAAUUUUUUCCCUAAUAUGGGAUUUUUUUUUCUGUUGUAUUUUCUUAUGUAUUUGCUGAAGAAUUGGGGAGUUCAAAUAGUUAGUACUUCUUGGGUGUUUUGGCUAUGUGCCAGGUCAUUGUAGACUUAUCAAACCUCUUUUUUACCUGCAGAUGGAAGGUUGCUAGGCAUGCAUGUGUUAACUUUAAACAAAUUUAACAUUUGUUUUUGUUAUGUGAUCCUGUCAUUUUAUAUUA